GCAGCAGGACUUCCUCGGUCGCCAUACAAGCAAAAUCUGAGACGUCUACAUAGCGCGUCAGCCUUGUCUACAGUGGCCGUUGGAUACUUUGCAAAAUCGCGGGGUCCAAGUUUGCGCCGACCAAGACCUCUCAGCCCCACCCCUCACUCCACGAUUUCUUCUUUCCUUUCGUCUCAACCACAAUCGAGGCAAUUCUCAAGCACACAUAUCACAAUGACGGCCACCAAAAUUGAUGGCACUGCCAUUGCAAGAAGCAUCCGUGAGAAACUUCAAUCAGAGAUCCAGGCUACUCAGAAGAUCAAUCCAAGAUAUAAACCUUCUCUGAAGAUUUUUCAAGUCGGUGAACGAUCUGAUUCGACUACCUAUGUUCGCAUGAAAUUGAAAGCUGCCGAAGAGGCAAGCAUUGAUUGCGAAGUUCUCCGCUUUCCCGAAACAGUCAGCGAAGCCGAGCUUCUCGAACAAAUCACUCGCCUCAAUUACGAUCCUACGGUCCAUGGCAUCCUUGUCCAACUACCCCUCCCCCAAAAUAUCUCCGAAUAUGCAAUUACUUCCGCUGUUGCAGACGAAAAGGAUGUCGAUGGAUUUGGUACAAAUAAUAUUGGAGAGUUGGCAAAGCGUGGAGGGCACCCUUUGUUCACACCAUGUACCCCAAAGGGUGUCAUGGUCUUGCUCCAGGAAAGUGGGGUGGAUCUGAAAGGCAAGAAUGCUGUAGUUCUUGGACGCAGUGAUAUUGUGGGAAGCCCAGUCAGCUAUCUGCUCAAGAAUGCCGAUGCUACAGUUACUGUAUGCCAUUCAAAAACCGUCGGGGUUGAAGAAUACAUCAAGCGAGCCGAUGUGGUUGUUGCAGCCAUUGGAAAGCCAAACUUCGUCAAGGGCGAAUGGUUGAAACCUGGGGCUGUGGUGAUUGAUGUUGGAACAAACUAUGUCCCUGACGAUACCAAAAAGUCUGGACAGAGACUGGUUGGAGACGUUGAUUUCGCAUCCGCCUCAGAAGUUGCUUCUCUAAUCACACCUGUACCAGGUGGAGUCGGGCCAAUGACCGUUGCUAUGUUGCUACAAAAUGUUGUUGACUCAGCUAAAAUAUAUUUCGAACGACAAAAGGCCAGAUCCAUCUUGCCAUUACCCCUGAAGAUUCAAACACCGGUUCCCUCGGAUAUUGCUAUCUCUAGAGCACAACACCCAAAGCAAAUCACCCGCGUUGCUAAGGAAAUUGGUAUCGCUGGUCAUGAACUCGAACCAUAUGGCGCAUACAAAGCCAAGGUGGAUUUAAGUCUGCUCAAACGCCUAGAGCACCGAAGGAAUGGCAAAUACAUCGUGGUCACUGGUAUCACCCCAACGCCCCUGGGCGAGGGAAAGUCCACGACUACAAUGGGUAUCACACAAGCUAUCGGAGCCCAUCUCAACAGGAUCGCUUUUGCAAAUGUCCGUCAACCCAGUCAAGGUCCAACUUUCGGAAUCAAGGGUGGCGCUGCGGGAGGUGGUUAUAGUCAAGUUAUUCCCAUGGAUGAGUUCAAUCUCCAUCUUACUGGUGAUAUCCACGCCAUCACAGCUGCAAACAACCUUCUUGCUGCUGCAAUUGAGACAAGAAUGUUCCAUGAGAACACCCAAAAAGACGCAGCGCUUUACAAGCGCCUUGUACCUGCAAAGAAGGGCAAGCGUGAAUUCCAACCAAUCAUGUACCGCCGUUUGAACAAACUUGGGAUUACGAAGACAGACCCAAACGAGCUCACUGAAGAUGAAAUACAUCGUUUCGCAAGAUUAGACAUCGAUCCCUCUACCAUCACCUGGAGACGUGUAUUGGAUGUUAAUGAUCGUCACUUGAGAGGUAUUACCGUUGGAACCGCAGGAACCGAGAAGGGCCAGACUCGAGAGACAGGAUUUGAUAUCUCUGUUGCUAGCGAGUGUAUGGCUAUUCUCGCUCUAAGCAAUGACCUUAAUGACAUGAGAGAAAGAUUGGGGAGAAUGGUCAUUGGAUCAUCGAAGAGCGGCGAUCCAGUCACCUGUGACGAUAUUGGUGCUGGCGGUGCCCUCACAGCAUUGAUGAAAGAUGCCAUCAAGCCCAAUCUUAUGCAGACUUUGGAAGGAACGCCAGUAUUUGUGCACGCUGGACCUUUCGCGAACAUCAGUAUCGGUGCAAGCUCUGUAUUGGCUGAUAAGCUUGCUUUGAAGCUUGCUGGUACUGAGUCUGACGAGAAUCACAGCGAGAAGGCCGGAUUCGUCAUCACCGAAGCCGGUUUCGAUUUUACCAUGGGAGGAGAGCGGUUCUUUAACAUCAAGUGCCGAUCUUCCGGUCUUGUUCCAGAUGUAGUCGUUGUUGUUGCGACUGUCCGAGCUCUGAAGGUUCACGGUGGUGGUCCACCCAUUACCCCUGGUGGAGCACUGGACAAAGUAUAUCGCGAAGAGAAUGUUGAGAUUCUGCGCAAGGGUUGCGUCAAUCUCAAGAAGCAUAUUUCGAAUGCUAGACAGUAUGGUAUACCAGUCGUUGUUGCAAUCAACAAGUUCGAAACAGACACUGCUGCUGAGAUCGAAGUUAUCCGCGAGGAGGCUAUCUCAGCCGGUGCUGAAGAUGCCAUCCCCGCCAAUCACUGGGCGGAGGGUGGAAAGGGCGCCGUUGACCUCGCCAAGGGUGUCAUCGCUGCCAGUGAGAAGGAGAAGGACUUCAAGCUUUUAUACAGCUUGGAAGGCGAUGUGCAAACACGUAUUGAGGCUAUCGGCAAGCAAAUGUACGGUGCUGGCAAAGUUGAGUUUAGCGAGGUUGCGCAAAAGAAGGUCGACACCUACACUAAGCAAGGCUUUGGUAACUUGCCUAUCUGUAUUGCUAAGACGCAGUACUCUCUGUCCCAUGACCCUGAUUUGAAGGGUGCUCCUACCGGCUUUACUGUUCCAAUUAGGGAUGUUCGCUUAGCGGCUGGUGCCGGAUAUCUUUACGCACUUGCUGCAGAUAUUCAGACUAUCCCAGGCCUGCCCACAGCUCCCGGCUAUCUUAAUGUCGAUGUCGAUACCGAGACGGGAGAGAUCGAUGGACUUUUCUAG